CAUAUCAUGGCGACCUAAAUGUCGGUGUGUAGUGAUUCUUACUCGCAGGUUACUGCUGAGGUUGGUGAGUGUUUCAUAAAACAUUGUUUGCAGUGUUACUGUUUAAAUUUAAUAGAAUAAAUAGAAGAAUAAAUAUGCCGGAGACGAACAGCCAUAAUGUCUCGAUGAUCACGUGCACGGCGCCAGUUAACAUCGCUGUUAUUAAGUACUGGGGUAAACGAGAUGAGGAGCUGAUUUUGCCUAUUAACUCGUCACUCAGUGUCACUCUGCAUCAGGACCAGCUUAAGACGACCACCACGGUUGCAUGCAGCAGAAAUUUUCAAGAGGACCGCAUCUGGCUGAACGGCAAAGAAGAAGACAUCAACCAGCCGAGACUGCAGUCGUGUCUUCGCGAGAUCCGAAGGUUAGCACGGAAAAGGCGGAACGAAGAAGACCCUAAUGCCGAGAUCACGCUUUCUCAUCGGGUGCAUAUCUGCUCUGUGAAUAACUUCCCAACUGCAGCUGGGCUGGCGUCCUCUGCAGCCGGAUAUGCCUGCCUGGUGUACUCGCUGUCCCGUUUGUUCGGCGUGGACGCAGAGCUGUCGCUGGUGGCGCGCCAGGGUUCGGGAAGCGCCUGCAGGAGUAUGUAUGGAGGCUUUGUGCAGUGGAAGAUGGGCGAAAGACAGGACGGGAAAGACAGCGUGGCCGAGCAGGUGGCACCGGAGACACACUGGCCGGAGCUCCGGGUUCUCAUCCUGGUGGUCAGUGCCGAGCGGAAGCCCGUCGGAAGCACUUCAGGCAUGCAGACGAGCGUACAGACGAGCAAACUGCUGAAGCACCGCGCAGACAGCGUGGUCCCAGCUCGGAUGGACGACAUGAUCAGGGCCGUUCGGGGACGAGACUUUGCGACGUUUGCUGAACUCACUAUGAAAGACAGCAACCAGUUUCACGCCACCUGCCUGGACACCUUCCCACCCAUAUUCUACCUCAAUGACAUUUCCCGCAAAGUCAUCAACCUGGUGCAUCGCUACAAUCGACAUUACAGAGAGACCAGAGUGGCGUAUACCUUCGAUGCAGGCCCUAAUGCAGUGAUCUACCUCCUGCGAGACCACGUGCCUGAAUUUGUCCAGGCUGUGCGGCAUUUCUUCCCUCCGGAAUCCAACGGUGGAGAGUUUGUAAAAGGACUUCCUGUGCACUCCGCCUCACUGCCCGACGAGCUGGUCAGAGACAUCGGCAUGGAGCCUACACCAAAAGGCAUCGGCUACAUCAUCAGCACUAAGGUUGGCCCCGGUCCUUGUGCAGUGGACGAUCCAACUCUUCACCUGUUGGGUGCAGAUGGACUUCCCAAGAAAACUGCCUGAGUGUUAAUGGCCUCAAUGUAGAAUAUCAAACUUCCCCAGAAUCAAAAAAGCAAUGGAGAUUAUAACUGAUUUUAAACCAAGUUAUUAUUAUUAUUAUUAUUAUUAUUAUUACAACUUCUGAACACUUUUUUGUGUCCAGAUUUUUUACCAUCCUGUCUAUUUACAUGUAUUUUCGUUCAUUUUUCUGUACAUUUCUUACAUGUAUUUUUCCAGUUUUGAAAAAAAUGCUAUUUGAAAAUACAUUUAUUGAUGACUUGAGUGUGUCUGUCCUCUUUUAUGACCAGAUCAUUUGUUUGUGCCUACUUUCUAAGUCAAUACAUAUGCACUGAUUUCUGAUAAUCUGGUAAUAAAAAUCCUAAUAGUAGAUA